UGUUCCUUGAUUUUAUGCCAAGGCUAUAAAUACUAUUUUAUUAAAGAGCCUAAAACGUGGGACGAAGCUCAGCGCUACUGUAGAGAAGGAUAUAAAGACCUGGCCACAGUGCCUAACAUGAAAGAUAUGAAGACACUGUACACAGAUUCUACAGAGAAUCAAGGAAACGCCUGGAUUGGGCUGUACAGCAUCUUAGGAAAAGAAAACAGGAGGUGGUACUGGUCUCUGCCAGGAGUGGAGUUCAUUGCUGAGGAUGUGAAAUGGAGUGGAGGUGAACCUAAUGAUGGAGGCGGAUAUCUUGAGAACUGUGUAGUGAUUGACAGCUCCAGUGGGUUGUUGGAUUUUGGUUGUUCUCAUGUUUACUCCUUUAUCUGCUAUAAUGAACAAAACAAAUCACUACAUUUCAUUGACAAUGAAAAAAAGUGGCGUGAGGCUCAGAGCUACUGCAGAGAGAACCACACAGACCUGGCCAGUGGAGUAGAACAGUUAAAGGAAGCAGUCAGUACAUUUAAGAGUUCUGAUGAAACACGAUCAUGGAUCGGCCUGUUCAGAGACACCUGGAGGUG